GUCAUGCCGGCCCCGGCCGGUCUUUCGGUGCUCUUCCCUCUCCGGUGCUCUUCCUCCCCGGUCCCUUCCCUCCCUUCCCCCUUUCCUCCUCCGGCUCCGGGUUCUGCGGCCGCGGGGGCGGCGGAGGUCAUGGAGUAAGGGUCCGCCGCGGCCAGGCGCGUGGGCCGACCAGCCACAGCGGGGAGACGUCGCGGGGGGCGGCGGGGAAGAAGCCCAGCACCGCCCCUCUCGGGAAUCGGCCGCGAGGGAACCAGCUCCCCAGUGCUGCAGCCAUGGAGUCCAUGCUUAAUAAGUUGAAGAGUACUGUCACAAAAGUGACAGCUGAUGUCACUAGUGCUGUUAUGGGAAAUCCUGUCACUAGAGAAUUUGAUGUUGGUCGACACAUUGCCAGCGGUGGCAAUGGGCUGGCUUGGAAGAUUUUUAAUGGCACAAAAAAGUCAACAAAACAGGAAGUGGCUGUUUUUGUCUUUGAUAAAAAGCUGAUUGAUAAGUAUCAAAAAUUUGAAAAGGAUCAAAUCAUCGAUUCUUUAAAACGAGGAGUCCAACAGUUAACCCGGCUACGACACCCUCGACUUCUUACUGUUCAGCAUCCAUUAGAAGAAUCAAGGGAUUGCUUGGCAUUUUGCACAGAACCAGUUUUUGCUAGUUUAGCCAAUGUUCUUGGUAACUGGGAAAAUCUACCCUCUUCAAUAUCUCCAGACAUUAAGGAUUAUAAACUUUAUGAUGUAGAAACUAAGUAUGGUUUGCUUCAGGUUUCUGAAGGGUUGUCAUUUUUGCAUAGCAGUGUGAAAAUGGUUCAUGGGAAUAUUACUCCUGAAAAUAUAAUUUUGAAUAAAAGUGGAGCCUGGAAAAUAAUGGGCUUUGAUUUUUGUGUGUCAUCAAUCAAUCCUUCUGAACAAGAGCCUAAGUUUCCUUGUAAAGAAUGGGACCCAAAUUUACCAUCUUUGUGUCUUCCAAAUCCUGAAUAUUUGGCUCCUGAAUACAUACUUUCUGUGAGCUGUGAAACAGCCAGUGAUAUGUACUCUUUAGGAACUGUGAUGUAUGCUGUAUUUAAUAAAGGGAAACCGAUGUUUGAAGUCAACAAGCAGGAUAUUUAUAAGAGUUUCAGUAGGCAGUUGGAUCAGUUGAGUCGUUUAGGAUCCAGUUCGCUUACAAAUAUACCUGAAGAAGUUCGUGAACAUGUGAAACUAUUGUUAAAUGUAACUCCAGCUGUAAGACCUGAUGCAGAUCAAAUGACAAAAAUUCCCUUCUUUGAUGAUGUUGGUGCAGUAACACUUCAAUAUUUUGAUACCUUAUUCCAAAGAGAUAAUCUUCAGAAAUCCCAGUUCUUCAAAGGAUUGCCAAAGGUUCUACCAAAGCUGCCCAAGCGUGUCAUCGUGCAGAGAAUUUUGCCUUGUUUGACUUCAGAAUUUGUAAACCCUGACAUGGUACCUUUUGUUUUGCCUAAUGUUUUACUGAUUGCCGAGGAGUGCACCAAAGAAGAAUAUGUCAAAUUAAUUUUGCCAGAACUUGGUCCUGUAUUUAAACAGCAGGAGCCAAUCCAGGCUAGCAACAUGAUUUUGUUAAUUUUCCUACAAAAAAUGGAUUUGUUGCUAACCAAAACCCCUCCUGAUGAGAUAAAGAACAGUGUCCUGCCUAUGGUCUACCGAGCACUAGAGGCCCCUUCCAUUCAGAUCCAGGAGCUCUGUCUAAACAUCAUUCCAACUUUUGCAAAUCUUAUAGACUACCCAUCCAUGAAAAAUGCUUUGAUACCAAGAAUUAAAAAUGCCUGUCUACAAACGUCCUCCCUUGCUGUUCGUGUGAAUUCAUUAGUCUGUUUAGGAAAGAUUUUGGAAUACCUGGAUAAGUGGUUUGUACUUGAUGAUAUACUACCCUUCUUACAGCAAAUUCCAUCCAAGGAACCUGCAGUCCUCAUGGGAAUUUUAGGUAUUUAUAAAUGUACUUUUACUCAUAAGAAAUUGGGAAUCACCAAAGAGCAGCUGGCUGGAAAAGUACUGCCUCAUCUCAUUCCUCUGAGUAUUGAAAACAAUCUCAACCUCAAUCAGUUCAAUUCUUUCAUUUCCGUCAUAAAAGAGAUGCUCAGCAGAUUGGAGUCUGAACAUAAGACUAAACUGGAGCAACUUCACAUAAUGCAGGAGCAGCAGAAAUCCUUGGACAUAGGAAAUCAAAUGAAUGCUGCUGAGGAGACAAAAGUUUCACAUCCUGGGAGUCAGCAGAUUGAUAAGGUUUUUAACAACAUUGGAGCAGACUUUUUGACUGGUGGUGAAUCAGAAAAUAAAGAAGAUGGGUUACAGAAUAAACAUAAAAGAGCAUCACUUACACUUGAAGAAAAACAAAAAUUAGCAAAAGAACAGGAGCAGGCCCAGAAGUUGAAAAGCCAGCAGCCUCUCAAGCCCCAAGUGCACACACCUAUCGCUUCAGUAAAACAGACUAAGGACUUGACAGACACAUUGAUGGAUAAUAUGUCGUCUUUGACCAGCCUUUCUGUUAGCACUCCUAAGCUACCCGCUUCAAGUACCUUCACGUCUGUUCCUUCCACGGGCAUCGGCAUGAUGUUUUCUACAUCAAUUGAUAAUACGAAGAGAACUUUGACAAAUGGCCUAAAUGCCAACAUGGGCUUUCAGACCUCAGGUUUCAACAUGCCGGUUAAUCCGAACCAGAACUUCUUCAGUGGCCCAAGCGCGCCUGGAGUGAGCACAAUGGCUCUGGGAGCAUCUCCUGCUCUGCCCAACCUCAGCUCUCUGAGCGUUCCUCCUGCUGGUGUGAAGCAGGCCCAACACAGACCCACAGACAUGUCUGCCCUUAAUAAUCUCUUUGGCCCUCAGAAACCCAAAGUUAGCAUGAACCAGCUAUCACAACAGAAACCAAAUCAGUGGCUUCAUCAGUUUGUACCUCCUCAGGGUUCUCCAGGUGUGGGCAGUUCAGUGAUGGGCACACAGGUGAAUGUGAUGGGACAGUCUGCCUUUGGUAUGCAGGGUAAUCCUUUCUUUAACCCACAGAACUUUGCACAGCCACCAACCUCUAUGACCAAUAGCAGUUCAGCUAGCAAUGAUUUAAAAGAUCUCUUUGGGUGAGGUGUCCUGUGCUGCUCUUUGGAGGGUUAACUCAGUUUCAAUCAUGGGUAAGCUGAUUUGCAUCGGUGUAUAGCUGGCUUGAAGAAACUGCUUCUGCAGGAGACAGACUGUUUCUGUGACAGAAAGCAUCUGGUUCCAUGCCAGCCAGUGUAGGAGUUAUGUGGACUCCUCUAACCAGUUGAAUUUUUUUAAAGCAUUGAGGAUUUUUUUCCCUCUUAUAGCCUCCUCUUCGGGUUUUUAAAGAUCCAGUCCUUACCAAUCUCAAAGAGAAAAAGGAUAACUGAGUUAUCUUAACAAUUUUUAAAUCAAAUGUUUAUUUUGGCUUGUAAGUCUUCAUGCCGUUAAAGAACUUGCGUUGGUGGUGACUGGAAGCUCUCCUGUGUGCUACUUUUAUUAUGUGAAAAAUCUUGAUGCUGUACUGGUUUAUUUGCAUUUAGCGUGACGGGGUGAGUGUGGAGCAGAAAGAGCAGGACUGGGCGUUUGCUUUGUCCAGUCUCAUUUUCAGAUGAACUGAGGUUUAGUACAAGACAGCAAAAUACUGCAGAAUUUCUCACCUUGAUCUCAUUGGUUAGCAAGCAUUAUUAGUGCUUAAAUGCAAACUGAUCAUUGUAAAUUAUAUUUUAGCAUGAUCUGCCUCAAUAGCAGUGUAUUUUUCUGCAUUUACUUGGGUAUAUUUAGGAUCACUUAUUUUGCUGUUGUAUCACAGAAGAGGUACAUGUGCUGGUUUGUACAGAACACGGACGAAGCUCUCUGAUGUAAUUUCCCCAACGGCUGCCUUCAUAUUUCAUUUUGAAUUCAAAUUCUAAGGUUGCAGCUUACAUGAACUGCAUUUUCAUAGGGAGGUUUGUAAAAACUAAUAAUAAUUAAAUUAUAUUUAAUGA